CAGUCAUCAUCAGUAGAACAUGAUGGAGCUCCGUCCACUCUGUGUGAUGAUCUUGUUGACUGGACUCAUCCAUGGUGCACAAGCAGAGAGUCCUAAACCUGUGGUGAAAAUACAGCCUGAUACACACGUGUUCAUGAACGAGAGAGUGACUUUCAGAUGUGAAUUUCAGACAGAAGGAGACUCAGUGUGGACAUAUGACUGGUAUAGGGAUGAUAGAAAAUUCUACCCACACCGGCUAUACUACACAUACCAAACAACACAGGAGUUCAGUAUCAGCUCUAUUACAGACUCUUAUAAAGGGAAAUACACCUGCAGUGGGAGGAGACACAGUGACAAUCAGAUCUCAAAGACAAGUGAUCCUGUUACUCUCACUGUAUCAGAAAAACCCACACCGACUGUGAGUGUGAAUCCUCAGAGCUUCAUCUACACUGGAGACACAGUUACUCUGAACUGUAAUCUGCAGUCUACUGGAUGGAGCUUUUUCUGGUAUGUACUAUUACAAUUCAUACCCCUGUCCCCUGAAGCCUCAAAUACCAACACCUUCAUCGUAACAGACUCUAAUGAAGGAGAAACAACAUACUACUGCAAAGCACUCAGGGGAAACUACGAGUCAGAGUUCAGUGCUGCAGCUACAGUUACAGUUAAAGCGAGACCAAAGCCUGUAGUGAAAAUACACCCAGCUGUGAAUGUGUUCAUUGGGGAAACUGUCACUCUCACAUGUGACAUACAGACUGGAAGAUCCUGGAAGUAUCACUGGAAUAGAAGUAAUGAAGAAAUCAGUGUUGUUGCAGGAGAGAAGACCUACACAAUCACUGAUGUUAAAGACUCUAAUAAAGGUCCUUAUAGCUGUAAAGGAACUCAAUCAUCAGACCCAAAAUACACACAGAGCAGUGAUGCAGUUACACUGACUGUAUCAGAAAAACCCACACCGACUGUGAGUGUGAAUCCUCAGAGCUUCAUCUACACUGGAGACAGAGUUACUCUGAACUGUAAUCUGCAGUCUACUGGAUGGAGCUUUUCCUGGUAUAAACAUAACCAGAAAUCACCUGAAGCCCAAAAUACAAACCCAAUCAGUGUGAUAAUCUCUAAUGAAGGACAAACAACAUACUACUGUAAAGCACUCAGGAGAAACUACGAGUCAGAGUUCAGUGCUGCAGCUACAGUUACAGUGAAAGCGAGACCAAAGCCUGUAGUGAAAAUACACCCAGCUGUGAAUGUGUUCAUUGGGGAAACUGUCACUCUCACAUGUGACAUACAGACUGGAGGAUCCUGGAAGUAUCACUGGAAUAGAAGUAAUGAAGAAAUCAGAGAUGCUGCAGGAAAGAAGACCUACACAAUCACUGAUGUUAAAGACUCUUAUAAAGGUCCUUAUAUCUGUAAUGGAACUCAAUCAUCAGACCCAAAAUACACACAGAGCAGUGAUGCAGUUACACUGACUGUAGCAGAAAAACCUGAACCUGAACUCACAUCAGAUCUUAAAGGAGCUGCACUGACAGGAAACUCAGUGACUCUGUACUGUACACUGAAGCUGCAGUCUGCUGGAUGGAAGUUUUACUGGAGCAAAGACACACAGAGACGUGAAACUGAGACUGAAACAAAUCACUACUUGUUCAGAUCAGUCAGUGUCUCUGAUGGAGGUCAGUACAGGUGCAGAGCUGGAAGAGGAAACCCAGUCUACUACACACACUACAGUGAUGCACUCUGGGUAAAUGUUACUGAUAAAUCUGCUUCAGUGUCUCUGAUCAUCAAUCCCAGCAGAUCUCAACACUUUACUGCUGCCUCUCUCUCACUGAGCUGUGAGGACCAGAGAGACUCUACUGGAUGGACAGUGAGAAGAUACACACACAGUGAGGCAUCGCUUGAUUGUUCAUCAGAUUCAGGAUCUACAUGUUACAUCAUCUCCCUCUCUCCAUCACACACUGGAGUUUACUGGUGUCAGUCUGAAUCUGGAGAACGCAGUAAAUCUGUUAACAUCACAGUACACAAUGGUGAUGUGAUCCUGAACAGUCCUGUCCAUCCUGUAACUGAGGGAAAUCCUCUGACUUUACACUGUUUAUAUCGAAACACAAAGAUCUCAACUGGUAUUGAUUUCUAUAAAAAUGAUUCAAUCAUCCAGAAUCAGACUACAGGAGUGAUGACCAUCAGCAGUGUGUCAAAGUCAGAUGAAGGUUUCUACCACUGUGAACAUCCAGAGAGAGGAGAGUCACCGAAAAGCUGGAUUUCAGUCAGAGGUUCUGCAGCGUCACUGUCGGUUCUGAAGCUCCUCAGCAGUGCAGUAACAGUUUCUGUGUAUGUGCUGGUGACCUUCAUUCUGGCAGUGAAAUGCUACAGAGCUCAAACUGAACCUGAUGAUAACAGACCAUACAGAGUGAUAGAAGCUGAAACAUCUUUCUGAGUGUUAAAUGGCAGGUUUUCUGUUUCAUAAUUUAGUUUUUACAUAACAACAGUUCCAGAGUAAGAGAACACAUUCUGUGAGGAUUUGGACUUGUUUUAUUAAACCUGUUAAACCUGUGAUUAAACCUGUUACCAUCAUGAGUGAGGAUUUGGGGUCGUGGACGACUACAGGUUCUUGGGUGUUCACGUGAACAGUAGAUUGGACUGGAAGACCAACACGGACGCUGUGUAUAAGAAGGGUUUGAGCAGACUUUAUUUCCUGAGGAAGCUCAGAUCCUGUAUGCAGCAGGAUGAUGGGAAUCUUUUAUCAGUCUGUUAUGGAAAGUGCUCUUUAUAGUGCUGUGGUCUGCUGGGGAGCAGCAUCAGUGUCAGGGAUGCAGGCGAGAUCAAUAAAAUCAUCCGCAAGGCUGAAUACAUAAUCAGACACAAACUGGACAGAUUGAAGACAGUGAGGGACAACAGGUCACUGAACAAACUCCUGUCAAUCAUGAAAAAUCCUCCCACCCACUACAUGAUUCCAUACAGAGGCAGUGAAGUUCAUUCUCUAACAGACUGAUUCAGCUUCACUCUCACAAAGAACAGUUCAGAAAAUCAUUCAUACUGUUUGCCAUUGCACUGAACUCACCUCCAUGUAACAUGAUAAUAUUAUAUACAUAUCCCAUAAUUCACUUUCAUUUUGAAUUGUCAGUUUUUCACUCUUUAUCUGUGUAGCAUCAUCUGGUAUAUUUUCUUAUUUGUUUCAAUUACAAUUAUUAAUUACAUUCUGCUUUAUUUUUUUAAUACUUUUUGUUUAACCUGCUGCUGCUGUAUUGCAAUAAUUACCCUCCUGGUAUCA